AUGGGCCAUGACAAUGUGGCAGGGCAACCAUCAACCCGUGGUGUCCCUGUAGUGGUGUCUUUGCAGUCAGAGAGUCAUACUCUUGAUGACACGGGCACCGCGGCAAAUGUUCCUGGUCCAACCAGGACUGAGCUCGGUGCUGGUGCUGUUGACGGUGAUGUGCAAGGAGAAGAAGGAGAAGAUGAGGCUGGUUCUCAGCCAAUGGAACCCUAUGUUGGCAUGAGGUUUGACACCCUUCAAAUUGCUAAGGAUCACUACAACAGCUACGCCUUACGGAUGGGUUUCUCUGUCAAAAUGAACACCUCUAGGCGGACAGAUCCAAGACCUGUUGACACUGAUGAGGAAAUGGAAGAUGAACCUCCAAUCUUUGUUGAAGAGGAGGCUGGUGCUAGUAAGAAAAAGAAGAAACGAAAACGCGAGACAAUAAAGCAGACUCAAUGCAAAGCGAAAAUGUUGGUGAAGCUAAUGGAUGGGCGAUGGGAGGUGACGCAUUUUGUUCGUGACCACAAUCAUCCGCUGGUGAACAAACCUUCAUUGUCCAAAUACUUGAGAUCCCACCAGGGCAUCUCUCCUGAUGAAAAGGAGUUUUUGCGCAUCUUGUAUAACUGCAACUUGACUACAGUACGUAUGAUGCAUGUAAUGGCAGAGUUCUAUGGAUCUGAGAUGAUGGUGCCAUUCGGACCAAAGGCAAUAACAAAUCUGUGUACAAGUUUCCGUAGAGAUCACACAAAGGAGGGUGAUCUGAUUGAGACAACUGCGCACUUCAAGGAUAUACAAAAAACCGAUCCAGACUUCUAUAAGGUGAAAUAUGAUGAAGAGGACAGAGUUGUCAACAUAUUUUGGGUGGAUGGCUCAGCUCGAAAAGCUUAUGCGGAGGCGUACCACGAUUGCAUAUCGUUUGACACCACCUACAUGACCAACAUGUACAAUAUGCCGUUCGCGCCCUUCAUAGGAAUAAACCGACAUGGCCAAUCUUUCAUGCUGGGUUGCGCGUUUGUGAGGCAGGAGUUGGCAUCAAGCUUUGAUUGGGUCUUUGGAGCAUUCCUAGAGGCUAUGGAUGACAAACCUCCUGACAACUUCAUCACCGAUCAGGAUGGUGCAAUGAGGCAGUCAAUAUAG